CGCUCCGAGCGGCCCCGGCGGCCGGGCCGGCAUCUGCGCGGCGUCCCUCCGCUAGAGGAGGGGACCAAGCCAAUUCUCCUUUGCAGCAAAAAAUUACAUGUAUAUAUUAUUAAGAUAAUAUAUACAUCUGAUCUUAUUUUUUAAAAAAAAGUUUAUUUUGCUCCAUUUUUGAAAAAGAGGGAGCGUGGGUGGCGAGCGGUUUUUACAAAUUAUUCUUAUUUUCUGCUAUCUGUCCCCGUCCCUCCCCACCCCCUGCUGAAGCCACAAUAAGGGCAGGGACCGCGGCUCCAACCUAUUGGUAACCCCUUUACCCGUCCCUCCCCCCCGCCCCGACGCCCAGCACCGUGCCCUGCACACAGUAGGCGCUCAAUAAAUGUUCGUGGAUGAUGAUGAUGAUGAUGAUGAAAAACAUGCACCAUCAACGGCAGCAGCAAGCGGACCACGCGAACGAGGCAAACUAUGCAAGAGGCACCAGACUCCCUCUUUCUGGUGAAGGACCAACUUCUCAGCCGAAUAGCUCCAAGCAAACUGUCCUGUCUUGGCAAGCUGCAAUCGAUGCUGCUAGACAGGCCAAGGCUGCCCAAACUAUGAGCACCUCUGCACCCCCACCUGUAGGAUCUCUCUCCCAAAGAAAACGUCAGCAAUACGCCAAGAGCAAAAAACAGGGUAACUCGUCCAACAGCCGACCUGCCCGUGCCCUUUUCUGUUUAUCACUCAAUAACCCCAUCCGAAGAGCCUGCAUUAGUAUAGUGGAAUGGAAACCAUUUGACAUAUUUAUAUUAUUGGCUAUUUUUGCCAAUUGUGUGGCCUUAGCUAUUUACAUCCCAUUCCCUGAAGAUGAUUCUAAUUCAACAAAUCAUAACUUGGAAAAAGUAGAAUAUGCCUUCCUGAUUAUUUUUACAGUCGAGACAUUUUUGAAGAUUAUAGCAUAUGGAUUAUUGCUACAUCCUAAUGCUUAUGUUAGGAAUGGAUGGAAUUUACUGGAUUUUGUUAUAGUAAUAGUAGGAUUGUUUAGUGUAAUUCUGGAACAAUUAACCAAAGAAACAGAAGGCGGUAACCACUCCAGUGGCAAGUCAGGAGGCUUUGAUGUCAAAGCCCUCCGAGCCUUUCGAGUGUUACGACCACUUCGACUAGUGUCAGGAGUACCCAGUUUACAAGUUGUCCUGAACUCCAUUAUAAAAGCCAUGGUUCCCCUCCUUCACAUAGCCCUUUUGGUAUUAUUUGUAAUCAUAAUCUAUGCUAUUAUAGGAUUGGAACUUUUUAUUGGAAAAAUGCACAAAACAUGUUUUUUUGCUGACUCAGAUGUCAUAGCUGAAGAGGACCCAGCGCCGUGUGCGUUCUCAGGGAAUGGACGCCAAUGUGCCGCCAAUGGCACGGAGUGUAGGAGUGGCUGGGUUGGCCCAAAUGGGGGCAUCACCAACUUCGAUAACUUUGCCUUCGCCAUGCUCACCGUGUUUCAGUGCAUCACCAUGGAGGGCUGGACAGAUGUGCUCUACUGGGUAAGCGGCUGAAGGAUAGUGUGUGGAAUGUUCUUUCUUUGGAUAAGAGU